AUGGAAGGAAACAAGCACUCCGAGGCCAGAACAAUCGACAGCAGCAAACUUUCGGCGAACUCGCGCAUACUGGCACGCAUUGAGCGUUUGUGUUCGGCCUUUGGGGCAAGCUUAGUACACCGGAUGGUGAUGGGCGAACCGCGUACGGCGGAGGAGGAGGCCAAUGCGCAAUGGUUGGUUCAUCCGCUUCUCCUCCAUGCGGAGGUGAUUUCUGGGCGUCGCGAAUGGCUUGGUGACCAGCAGGAUAUUUCCCUGUGGUUGUGCGAUACGACCGUUACACCGCGCCCGCAACCUCGAGCGCGCGGAGAAACCUCGGAGGUGGGUGUGCUCCCAAGAAAAUUGAGCCAAGGGGAUGGAUGGGUUGGUAUCUCAUUGAACCCGUCCGCCUUCGUGCACCAGCUAUCAGUGAACCCCUCGAGUCGGGAGUCCCGUGCGCUGUCAAGCGCAAUGAGGCGCGUGGUGCUGCAAGACAGAGGCGGUGACCCAGCAACUAACGACGUCGUGUGGAGUGUGGCUCUAGCAGCUGUGUACCACGCCGGCCUCGCGGGGGAACUGGCGGAGGUAGCUCGCGCAGAGAUCGAUUGGGCCGAAGGCAACUUCACCGCCGAAAAUAUGGACGACAGCGGGGCUCCAGUGAACCCUUCCCCGGCUCUUGUGCGGGCAUGGCGGUCCGCCCAAACCGCGCGGGCCCGAUUGACGAGGGGCACCCGUGCGCUCGUUCUGCAAAGGGCGCGUUUCCUUCUUUUCCUUGAACCAUGGGUUUCCAUGAGACGCGUGAAGCGACAAUUCGGAAGCCCCCGCGACGUCUGCAUUACCCGUGCUCUGAAGGGAAGCGAACUGGUGCUUGAAUGUUUGUUGAGCCCAGUAGAAACAGCAAGCGCUCGAGAUGGCGGCGGCGGUGUCAACGGUGCUGAGGAUAGAUCUACCGUGCAUUACGUAGAUGCGCGAGAAGUAGACCAAGGCUGUCUGCUGCACAUCAUCGACGCGCGGAGCGAACGGGCGACGACAAGAGCUAGGGGUUUUGAGCUGGCCGCGCAGCUGCUUGAUGGAACGAGUUCCGACCGGGCGACCGCUGAUGUUUUAAGAGCGGUGGCAGAUGGAUUGCUGCGAGCCGGGAGUCAACGGCUUGAGCACAUCAGCCCCGAGGGCAAGAGCACACAUCAAGCAGUUGACAAGUGUGCCACGGAGAGAUUGAACGAGGAGCACGAGACGUCGGGGGUUCUAUUGCCUCCAGGAUCAUUUGCGGGAGAGGGUUUUGGACUGGCAGAACCAAACGCUGGCAGGUUGCAUUUCGUGCGUGGGACCGAGUGCUGUGAUCCUAAGUGCAAAUCGGCGCUCGUGGAAUCCGUCGCAGGUUUCCUCAGCCAGUGCUCUAUUGUUUUGGGGCAGGAGAGAAUCGGAGAUCGGGGUUCAGCGGGGAACCGUCUUACGCGUCCGUUCGUGCUCGUGCACGCCCUUCGUGCGGUGUCCAUGGACUACGAUUUCCAUGAUCAUGACCUUGUUCAUCGUAGCCAGCUGCUCCCGCCCAUCGCAAGUCUCGUAAACGAUACCGAUCGUUCUGUCGCUGCUGAGGCUUCAAGGGCAUUGCAGGCGGUCUACCGCUGUGCUGUACCAGCUGAAAGGGGCAUGAGCGACGCGACCUGGGAGCGUGUGGGGGAGGGUGCCGACUGUACUUCACAGCGGAAAGCAACGAGAGACGGGUCCGGUACCCCUUUCCAGGUUUCGUUCUUCGGCACCGUCCGCAGCAUGCUUGAGAGAACAGCCGAGGCGAAUGGAACGAAAACUCCAGGAACAUUGAAUCACAAGCUCGUCGAGGACGACAAGACUCCCACCGCUGGCACGCCGGCCCUUCAUAUCGACAGCAUGGGCGGUGGCACCGGUUGUGCUUUGAGCGGAGAGAGAAUGCUCUCGGGGGAGAUGGAGGCGAGAGCGGCUCAGGUUCUGGCGCUAGCUCAUGCCUGCUGCCGAGUGGAGUGUGGUAGGCGAGAGCUUACGAAUGUGGUCGCUGUUCGCGCUCUGCUGAGAUUGGUUCUGUUGGCGAAACCUGAGAUGCGUGGCUGGGCAUUGCGGGUUUGCCGGGUGACGCUGCCGUGUGUAGCUCCGCGCUUGGUGCAUGAUGAGUUCAGAAAGUUUCUCUUGAAGGUGGAGGAGGCAAAGGAUGCGCGCUGGACAUGCUCCUGGCACCCGCCGGAAAUCGAGCGUGGCGGGAACAGGUUCCCGCGAGAGAUUCGUUCAGGUCGGAAGCAGCAUAACCUCAAGGCACCCACCAUUGUACCCUUCUCUCUUGUGUGCACACACCCCGCGCACAGCUUGUCUUCCGAGCUGGUGUCUCUUCUGCAUGAGCUGGCUGGGGGGGCAGAUACAAAGGAAGUUGAGAGCGGGGGGAGGAAACCGUCGGAUUUUUUGCCGGCGUGGCAAGAGGAAGUCGCCACGGUUGUCUGUCGGUGCUUGCAGCGGGCGGGUCCCAUUGUGGAAUCGCUUCAGAGACACAAAAUGCUGGAGGAGACAAGACUCUGGGCGGAGGCGGCAAGAGCUCGUGGCCAACUUGGUGUCAACCGUGAAGGCGCCACCAGCGCUGCUGUGAUCGAGGAGAGGGAUGAGGCGGAGCCAACGCCGCCAUCUGCUGACGACGUCGAUCGCCUCGUGGCGGUGCUCUGCCUGCUUGGCGGCCAGUUUGAAGGCUUGUACCCGGGGGCCAGGGUACUCUGUCGCUUGCCCCCUGGAGAGAGCUCUUCCGACGUCCCCGGCGGGUGGGGAGACAGGGUAACAGUAGAGGCGACGGUGCUGCGGCUCCCGUUCUCUGGAACGAAGCCACCUGGUGGCAACAGCAAGCCCGUUGGAGACCUGCCUGUGGAUGAGACGACAUCCGCAGACGGUGGUAGCGGCGAUGGGGCCGGGAGCAGCGGGGUCGAGAGCGCAGAAGGGCAGCGGCAAGUGGCGAGUCGAUUGUUCUCGGCGCGUUUGUUGCGGCGCCCGGCAGGGUGCACCCGGCCGCUGGACGCCUACGAGGGACUCACCGAUGAGGGAUUUUCCAGGGGCGCGGAAGGGUCGACGGCCGUCGCGAUGCAGGUGCACGAACAGCGACGGCUGGAGCGGCAGCAACGACUGAUGCACGAGCAUCAAGCCCUUUCGCUGUGUAUGCAGGGUGCAAGGUUCGGCAGAGUUUCCCGCUCACAUGGUCAAGGCAGAAUAAACGUAGGGGGGAAGCAACCUCUGCCCAUCGUGGGACAAUCAGUGCUCUUGUCAAGGAGCGGAAGGGAGGAGGAAGGCGUGGCGACGACGAACAACCCUGCCGGCGGUGGUAGCGUCACUGCGUCGGCCUCACCUAGGAGGCAGCAGCCAGUCAGCGCCUGCGAGGAGUUGGUUACCGUGGGAGUUUCGCAAGAUGACCGAGGAGUCGCACCCUCUCCCCGCGUGUUUACCGUUCCCGUCAAUAGCGUGACCCUGGUGCACAAUGGGGUGCCAGGAGCGCUCGUAAGGACGCUGUCCUCGUACGCUCAGGAGUUCCUCCCUGGGCUGAAGGCUGUGCUGGAAGCUGAAACGACGUUUCGGGGUCCGACGUAUGCACCAUUGCAAAGCGCCUCGAGCCUUGCGUGUACCGUCGAGUCCGCGCACCCGUACCAACCAGGCGAGGACCGCAUGUGGCCUAUCUCCGUAGCAGGCGCGGAGACCGUUGAGAUAGUGCGGCCCUUUUCGGAACGAGCGGCGGUCGGGCGCUACGUCGUGUGCAUUGGCGGCGUCGCGGCUUUCGACAAGCCGAAACUGGCCAACGGUGACGGGUCGAGUUCGCGGCAGUUGGCACGGCUGAGGCACGGAGCAACUGUGGCAGUGGUGGCGCAGCAACGAGAUUGGCUGAAGGUGAUCUACGAUUCCAAGGCAGUCUUCACGCCCACGCCCGACGACCUCCUUCCCCACUCAACAUCACCCGCGGACUUCUGGGUCCGGCAGCGGCAGGACGACACGUUUUUCCUCAUGCCAGAGGCAUUGGCGGGCAAGGAGCUGGACAUAGAAACGGUCGCACAUUGCCCCGAUCUUGGCAGCAAGGAAGGCGGUGUAAUUGUUUCCAUGCUCCUUGGGGACGAGUACGACGAUGAAGAGGAUGCACGUUUCGCGCCACUGGAGGGGGGGAUCGACCGCACCGACGCCGAGCGGGAAGCGGCGCGCUCUCCGGAGGGGCAACAUAUGUUUCCCGGCUUCGUCCACCCGCCGGUCGACCGAUUUCCAAACGCCUUGCUCUUCGUCUCCUCGUCCGACCACAGCCUCUGUGCGGCCACCGCGACCUACGGAGUAUCCGCUCUUCUUGCGGUGGCGGCGCACUGGCAAGGUGGGGCCGGGAAGCCGUCUUACUUGAGUUUCUUCGGCUCCGCGCGGAUCUUGUGGGAAUUCCUGCGGCUGACGAGCAACAUCGAAAAGGGCGAUCUACAGUCAGCAGCCUUUUCAACGCUAAAGCAACACGUGGGCGAGCGCAUUGCGAGCGAAGGGGGAGGGGCAUUCGGCGCGUGCCUUACGGGGCAUGCGCUCGGCGCUCUGCGUACCCUCGCGGCACAGCCUAGAAUCAAGGCCGUGGCACGUGUCUUCGAAACGCCCCACCCAUAUCAAAACAAUAUGAAUGUGGAGUGGGACGUGUACCUGCCCGAAGCGAAGAGGAUUAAGGUCGUCUUUGAUCCUCGCUCUCGUACGGAAACCAGCUGCGACUGGGUGGACAUCAUCCUGCAGGACCCUGACGGCGGCGCUGUUCCUUCAAAUAUAAGUCGAGGGCUGUACCACCGCUUUCAUGGGCGGGGCGGCCGCGAAAACUUCCCCGGUUUCGGCGGCCGCCUACCGCUGUGGCUUGAAGGGAACCGUUUCGUCGCUCGCUUCCAAAGCGACCCCACCGCUACUGAUUGGGGAGUCCGCUUUACUGCCUACGGGAUACUCGACUGCGAUGGCAGGGACAGCAGUGGUUGUGACGGCAGUGGUGCGGUAGUGGAUGGGUUGAACGUUGGUGAUGCUUCGUGUGGCCCCACAAACGGAGCGGCGCAGGGCGUGGCCGCACCGGCAUCAACGGGCAUUGUGACCGGUACCACUGCUGUAGCCGUUCCCGCUUUAGUGGCAAAAGGACGAGCAGGGACUCGUGAGGUCGAGUUAUGCUGCUGGGUUCUCGACUUGCUAAGUCGCAAGGGACAUGCGGUGCCCAAGGUGGCAUCGCGCCUGUGCGACAACAGCGCGUUGGAGGCGUUCGGGGCAUGCCUGAAGACCUUUUCCCAGCAGUGGCGACUAAGCAUCCUACGGCUCAUCACCGGCAUCGUUGCGAGAGUUGGACCAGCGGCGGGAGCGGAGGUGACGGUAGCGCGCUCCCCGGCCGUGGCUGACUCUCAGAACUCACGAGCAUCGGCAGGCCCGUCGUACGCGGACACCUGUCGCCUGGUCCAGGCCGUCCUCUCGCUUUCCGAGACUCAACGAGCCAUCGAAGAUGGGUGUUCGGUGGCAUCACCGUACUUGCAAGGCCUCGUGGAGUGCGUCGUGGUCCUGCGCAAUCUUCUGGUCGAUUUCGCAGACUGGCCCAAGAGUCCAGCGCCUGAGAAAGACAGACUCGGCACGCCUCCCCGGGCAGACCAUGCUGCUGAGCGUGAUGCCAACGAGGCGGAGAGGCCCUGCUGUGAUCUUUCACCGGGAGCCGAAGCUGCUAAAGCUUCACCUGCUGCUACUCGGGAGUCACCAAAGGCUUCGGAAAGGAACCUCUUGGGUGCUGGUGGUGGUGCGGGGGCGGAGGCCGUUGAGGACGUGGCUUCAAUCUGGUCAGCGCUGCGCAAUUUUUCCCGGGGUACGGCUCCAGGGCGUCUACUGGUGAAGGACUUCCUACCGAUGUUGACGGAGGCCUGCUCGGUGGUAGUCCAGAGCGCCCAUCCCUUCGACCGGCUGGCGCAACGCCGCGUCGUCUUGGUUCCAGGCGCGGUAGGGGUACAGGUGCGGUUCGACCACCGGACGGAAAUGCGCCAGCACGACCGGAUCGUCAUCCGAGAUCCAGCACGUCGCCAGCCACUGGCAGGAGGAUCGGCAGUUGCGACAACGCUCGGUCAACACGCCGACGCGGGCUGCUGGUCGGGGAUCGGAAAGGCCGCGCCGAUGGUCGAGAGUUGCAACCUGCUGCGCGACGGGGGUGAGUUGGGCUUCUCGGGACUGUCGGGUGGACGAUCGGACGAUCUCCCUCUCGUGUCGGUGGGCGAUCACGUCGUUCGCGGCCCUGACUGGGCGUUCGGGGAUGAGGAUUGCUCCGGAAGACAGCAGCAGGGGUCGACGAGAAUAGGGACAGAUCCUUCCGCACAGGCCUCCGCUUCUUCUCGCUGCUCCCGGUCUCGAAUUGGCGUCGUCGUUGCGCUAGAAAAAUGGGGAGAACGCGGCGGCGCUGGGGUUCGAGUGCGGUGGGUAACAGAGCAAGUGGACACCGCCGUCGCCGCCACCGCCGGAGCGACGGAGGACCAAGGAAGAGAAGGGUUUGAAGCCCUCUACUGCGUGCAAAAUCCGGCUCACGUGCGCGUCGUUGAGCGCGGGGGAGAAGACCGGGCGAGGAGACCAAUCGUCAGGGCAGGUUCCUCUGUUGAGAUAGAGGUCGUGCCGGGUGCGAGCGGCAAGGGUGAUGGAACCACGCCCCCCCCACCUGGGGGCCAGAGCGACGCCCACUUGUUCCGCUUUGACGGAGAGUCAACGCACGUCGACCUGCCCAGCUACCGAGGCAUGCGCCUCGAGGGCGACUUCACGCUCGAAGUGUGGGCGUGGCUUGACCUCGGGUGCGCGCAUGACGGGAAAACAAAGUGCGUUGUUUCGAGGGUGCUUCAUCAGUCAUGCCACCAGGACAGACACGCUGCCAAGGCGCGCCGGUUUCCCUCGGGGGCAUACACAAGGCGGGCGCCGUCUAGCUUGGCUACAGCUGCCGGAAGCGAGCAACCAGGCGGGGUUGUAGCGGCUGGAGCUGGGGCGUCACCGCGAGUCGAUGGCGACUUGUCGCCGAUGAAAGGCACAAGACUUGUCUCUCCGCCCGCAUCGUCGCCUGGCAUCGCUCAUGUUGGGGUGCAAGAAGCGAACCGGCACAGGUCCGACGAAGUGGGUCGGGAAGGGGCGGGGUGGGAGCGGGUCCGCCUUGAGAAGGGGUUGACGUCGGCGAGCGGUGCCAUCGACGGCUUCGCAGACGGUGGGUUACCAGAACCCUUGCUACCAAGGGGUGGAACUCGUGUGGGUGAUAACGAGGGAGGGGACGAGGAGAAAACAGAGAGAUUCGGGUGCGGAGAAAAGUCUGUUUUUGUCGAAGGUGACGACUGGAUCGAGGAGAGUGAGGACGACGAGAGCGACGGCGAGGACAGUUUCGGGAGGGCAUGUGGACGCACUUGGCCGUUUCCGUGGAAGGCCGCAGGGCUCCGGUUGCACGCUCCCUUGCCAGAUCCAUCGGAUGGUGAGGUGGUCCUACGGUCCGGCGGGUGCAUGCAGAUUGGCUGGGCGCUCCCCUCUUCCAGCCCUUCCUCUCAUAUCCUAGCGGUGGGUGCCGACGACAAGAUCUGGGUUGUUGAUGGCAAACGGUCUUCCAAGUGGUACGGCAACGUGUUGCCGGCUCCUUCUCCCGCCCACUCGCAUGGUGUGCCGUACGGGGCGGACUGGGAGUGGGCAGCAGGCGACACGAUUGGCUGUGCUGUGGAUCUCGAUGAGGGGGUAAUGUCGUUCAGGGAUGCUGACGAUCCGGACGACUUCCACUUGGAGCGUCUAGAGCGAGACACGAGCGACCCUGUCGACUACAGCACCGGUCCCGAGCGCUGCGUAUUUGUGGACGUGCUCAGAAGUGUUUCUGAGUCGGCGGCGCCUGGGGGAGGCAGAGAGGGCUGGCUCCGGCCCGUCACGCCUCCCCACGAGUGCAAGGACAUCGCCAUUGGAGAGGGUUGGUCCGAGGUGUUUGCUACCCCGGAGAGUUCAGCAGACGGAUGCUUGGUGACCGCCGCACGUACCCACGACGCGACGCCAGGCAAGGGUCAGUCGCCACCAACGCGGAGCUUGCUCACGAGAGGCGUGGACGUCGGGACCGCGGACGUGGCGACCUUCUUCAUCGAACUCUUCGUGCCGGCGUGCGAGCCCGCCGCCACCGAAGCUGUUGACGGAGGAAUAUGGGCAUGGGGUGUGGCGUUGGCUGACUUCAAUGCCUACCUCACGACCCAGUGCAGAGCGACCAGCACGGAGCGGGAUGGCGGCGGUGGCGGCGGCAGCUCUGGCGAGGAAACGGUGGCACCGGGGCACGAGGUCGUUAUGGAUAGUGACAAGGACCGCCGCCGGAGCACUGCUGGAGGGUCGCUGCACGUCGUUGUCGACGGCCCGGGCGGGGUGAUCCACGCCAUACCCGUGUGCUCGGCGUUCCGGGGGCGGUGGAUGAACCUGAGGAUAGUGGCCCACAGGUCGGGAGAAUCCUUGCUCGUUUGCACUCCAGGUGCUGAACAACCCCAUGACCACCAGCAAGCCACCGAUAGCGAUGCCACCAGCGGGAUACCCCGGGAUCACGAAGACGCGUCGGUUUCGCCGUCGACCAAGGCAGGGGCUGGGCACCAGCAGCGUAGGCUCAGGUGCGGAUUUUCAAACCCUCGGUUUUUUCGAGGAGAACACUUGGGGAGUGUCGGUCUCUACAGCAAGCGGAGCCGGGGCGACGGCGUUGGUGGUUAUCCCUUCCUGGCGAGACACGCCGCCAUUCUCUUAGGUUCGUUGGAACAUCAGCCCCCGCCGGCGUUGCAACGCCUCAGGGAUCUGGAACGCCUCGUGUUGGCGGCACACCGUCGACGGAUGGAGGAGCCCACCGCUCGUCCUUCGCUUGUCUUUGCACGGCAGCGGCUGCGCCGGAUGUGGUCGGGAGAGGUCCCAACACCCGUAUCUCAUUCCACAACCGCAGGCGUCACCACCGAGGUCGGAGCUUCUGCUGCAACCGCGAAUGGAUCUCCGCCGCAAGGGAGGACAACCACUCACUCGACGCUGACAGUGUGGCACCCUUUGCUCUCCCCAGGGCGAGUUGCUCUCGGCACCACGGUUUCUCUCUCCCGGAACUGUACGAGAACCAACACACCACGCCCCACCCACGGACAUGAUGGCGAUGUCGGGCAGGCCCAAAGGCGGUCUGUCGCGGCGUGGGAGCACCCUGGGCUGCAAACGCCCGCGAGGUUCGAGCCGGUGCCGCUGCCGGCUGGCUUGUCAACGCGGACGGUGGCUGGCGAACGAGGGUUGUGGGCGUGGGCCCCCGUGCCGCGGUCGGAGGCAUUCUUGGCGAUGGGCUUGGUGUUUACGGCGGAACCGGCACCACCGUCGUUGACGGACGUGCGCUGCGCGCGGAAGGAGCUUGUGGUCAAUGCUCAGCCACACAAGUGCAAGACCGUGACGCUGCAGCGAACGACGGAGCAACCAGGCGAACAACUCGGUGUCGAAGACACUGGCCAAUGCUGCGAGGAGCUCAUCAUCGUGGAGGAAAUGGGGGUGUGCGUCCCCAAGAACGGGUCGGCAUGGGACCUGUCCCCGCGUGUUGUUCUCGGAGACACGGGCACCAAUCUCGGCCGGCGCCAGCCCCGGUGGGACGGCCUCAUGCCCUUGAUCAGCGCGACGGCGGGACAAGGGAUGGUGGUGGCUCACGCCGACGCACGUUUCGUGCUGCAAGUCUAUGACGACGUAAAUAGAAUGUGGCAGAACGUUCGGCCUAGGUUGGUGAGGUUGCCGCCAGCCCGAGUCGGCGGCACUCUGGAGGCUGCGGCCCCUGGGGGGCCGCCGAUGCCGAAAGAGGAGCAAGAGGUAUGGGGUUUGAGCUUGACGGUUAGCCCGCUCUUCCCUUCGGAGUUUGCCGACGCGCACCCUUGGCUCGGAGAGCGGUUUGAGACGUUCGCGGCUCUCGUGUGGGGGGAGCAUGAGCAAGCGCUUGCUUCGAACGCGGAGUUGGUCAGGUAUGUAAAUGCCGUUGCAUCACAGAAGGGGCUAUCGAAGGAGGCGCUUCUCACCUGCGACUGGGCGGCGUUACAGCCCCCUGGCACAGACCUCGCAGACUGGCCGCUGCUGCAGUCAAUGGCGGCGUCGCGAACGGCGGCACCGGUGGCUACAGCCUCUGUCGUUUCCCCAAGGUCUUCAUCCGGCGACGGAGGAGGAGGCGGGGAGGAGACGAAGCAAAGCGAACCGCCCGAAGGUGCCCGUCAAGACGUCGUCGCCGUUGUGGACGACGACGACGGGCAUUACGACGAGUGGGUAGUGGCGAAGGCCGUCGCCUCUGGCCCGGAGAGGAGGGGCGUGAGGGUAAGGAAAGCGCCUGUCGAGUGCGGGAAUGUGUUGUGGCGUCUCCCGUCCGGACAAGCGGGGCGACUUCUGCCGCCGCUGCCGCCGCUGCCGGGAGGACGGGGGACAAGCGAGAGCUCGACAGGCGGGACAGGGUGGAGACGUAUUCGCGGCGCGGGGGGUGACACGGGGUGGGUGCCCCUUACCCCGAUAGACGCCACGGGGUCGCCGGUACCGUCUCCCCUUGAACGCGUCUGGGCGCGCAGGUUCAUCCUGGAUUGGUUCUCUCCGGAGGCGGCGGGAUGCCCAAGAGGCGAGGAAGGCGACAACGAGGGCGGGUUAAAAGCGCGUGCAGCAGCAUCGAACCUUGACGUUAGGGAAGGUGCGUUUUGGCUCCCGUUGAGGAGACGAGGCUCCGCGCCCGCAGCAGACGGCGACAACGGCGCGGCCGUGCGGAGUCCUUCCCCGAUUUCCGCCGCGCGUCUCCUGGGGAACAGCGACGCCCUCUUGUUGAGCGCGGUCGAUGCUAAGGGUGGCGACGGCAGAGGAACCUUGCUCGUCACAGGCAAGUGGACAGUUGGGUUGGUGACGGACAUGCUCACCGUCACGACAAGGACAAGCGGUUGCACGAGGUUAGAAGUCCCGCCUGUCGCACUGGACUGCAGCGUUAACAGCGUCGGGGGAAAGGCGGAACGGACGGCUGACCCCUUGCCCGUGCUCGUCGAUGGGCUCGUCUUCGGCUUCCGGGCGGUGGAUGGCCUCCUCGUUGUAACCCGGGCGUUUCCGACGGCCGCCGGGGCGGGAACGCUGCAACACGCGCAGCCCGUGGAGCAACAGGCCUUGGCGUGGCUGGGAGGGCUAGACGAGGGCGCGGAGGUUUCUUUCUCGAUUGUCGACAGCGGCCAAGAUGUCGUGUUCAGCUGCAGAGAGGUCGGCGCACCCCGACGGACGGCCACGGUCCGAGCGAAGUGUAGGGACACGUGGGGCCGUGGGCGGGUGGCCCUCGGGUGUCGAAGUGUAAUGACAGAAUCCUCCACCAGCGGAUGGGUCCGCGUGACGAGCCAGGCACACGGCGCCACGGUACGUUCCGGCAGGAGUAUCGACGCCGAUGGGGUAGUGGGUCGAAUCCCCUGCGGGACGGUGGUGCCUUUUGACAGCGCGGUCUUGUACCACUCUCCCGGGGCUCCAGAUCGCGGCGGCAUCGAACCGGUGAUUCGUUACCGGUGCUUGGCGACUGCAACUACGCCGGCGGGCUGGAUUAGCGAACGGGGAAGGUACGCCAAUCACCCGUAUCGCAUCUGUGAGCAGAUUCUCGCACGGUCGCAGCAAAUCCCCGCGUCCAUCUCGCACGUCUCGGUUGCAAGAGUUCAAUCACCGGCAUCUUUUGUCGGUGGGGACACUCUAGCGGGACGGAGCAGUUUUUGCCGGGACCAACCGCUGCCGCCCGUCCGGAAGGCAGGGAAUGCCGGCAGCACGGCGGGGGAAACCCCCGACGAGGAAGACCAGCAACGCCGGGAGUCAGAGUGGCAGCAGCGCCUCGGUGAGCUAGCGGUGCUACCGACCAGGUUCCACCUGAUCCAGCAACUAAACCGAGGCGUGUCGAAAGUGCUGAGGCAGGAGGCGUGGCAGGCCGAGCUCGCGAGAACGUCGCGACCGCCGCCGGCGGCGGCGGUGGCGCAUUCAAGCGGGGAGGCGACGCCGCCGUCCUUGGAGCUCCGGCUCAGCCGCGGCCGAGCUGCUCGGCACGCGGGGUUGGGCACGCCCCGGGCCGACCAGAAGGGGCGGCAGACCUUGUUCUGCCAGGCCUUUUUCUCGUUGAGGAAUACGAAAGCGUCGUUCUUCCGGCUACGGCCGGGAGAAGUGCUCUACAGUACGGUUUUCGUCGGAGAACAUGCGCACGAUGCGGGAGGCCCGUACCGCGAGUCCUUCGCCGAGUAUUGCGCCGAGCUUCAGUCUGGUGCGCUGCCGUUGCUGAUCAAGUGUCCCAACUCGGUGAACGACGUCGGCAUCAACCGUGAGAAGUGGCUCCCGAACCCGGCCAUCGGCAAGGUAGGCCCCAGCGCGGCGCUGCACGACGAGAUGCUGGGUUUCCUCGGCCGUUUGAUGGGCGUCGCAAUUCGCUCUCAGGAGCCGCUCGACCUGGACCUGCCUUCGAUAGUCUGGAAGCAGCUCGUGCGCUCGCCGAUUACCAGGGACGACCUAGAGGCGGUCGAUUUCGCGCUGACUCAAAGCCUAAAGGCCGUCCGCAACAUCCACCUGGGAGGAAUUGCAACAGACGAGGCUUUCAGAGACCUGGGGCUCGGCGGGUUCGAGGUCGCCACCGCGGACGGCGGGAGGGCGGGACUGCCGACUCCCGGUGGGGCGGCGCGGGAGGUGACUCUGGACAACCGCCUGGAGUUCGCCGAUAUGGCGGAGGAGUUCAAGAUGCGAGAGUAUCGGGUGCCGGUGGAGGCCAUCCGUCGCGGCCUGGCUUCCGUCGUCCCCAUUGAGCACCUCAGGCUGUUCUCGUGGGACGAGCUGGAGGUGUUCGUGUGCGGCCGCAAGGAGGUGGACGUGGACCUCCUGGAGGCCUGCACAGAGUACACCCUGUGCUGCCGGCAGGAUUCUCACGUGUCGGCCUUCUGGAACGUGCUCAGGUCCUUCUCGCCGAGGGAGAAGUCGCUCUUCCUCAGGUUCGCGUGGGGGCGAUCGCGCCUACCGCUGAGCGCGGACCAGUUCCACCAGGCCUUCAAGAUCCAGGCCUUCGCCCGCACUCCGGCGGACGCCUACCUGCCCGUGGCGCACACAUGCUUCUUCAGCUUGGAGCUACCCCGUUACAGCAGCCAAGAGGUCUUAGAGACAAAGCUUAGGUACGCAAUGUCCAACUGCCGCGCGAUGGACGCGGACGACACGAGCGUCGGGCGAACGGCUGCUGGCCUAGGUUGGGGCGGGGAUCCGUGAGGAAUGAACGAGGCGCGUUCAGCGCCGGUCGCGUGAGCACUGUAGGCGAUAGCGGUGUUGAAUCCGGAGGCGAGCGACCUGGGGAGAUAAAGGGAUUGGGUCGCGGGACGUGACCGCCACUUGUUCAGAGUGGUCGGUCGGGAAUGUAAGAAAACGUGGUGAGUGAAUACGCUGUGCGAGGUUGUCCUGCUGUCUGUGAAUGUGUUCGGGGGUGAAUUAUUGAGACUACGUUUGUGUUUGUGCAGACAGAUGUGUGUUGGUGUUGCAAUGUGUCCCCUUACAGAGGGGGUACACUGUUGAGGGUGUUCUCAUAUCUUUUUCUUUGUUUGGGUUGGGUCACAAAUGAGCGCACAUGCAAAGGUUACGGUUGCGUGAAGCAAAGGAUGACCCCCUUUGUGUGCCUGGGUUGUCUGUGUGUAUACGUGUCUCGUCCUUGAUGGCCUUUUUGUUCAAGAUGUUCCAUGUUUCAUACUGUAGACUUCCGCGCGGGAGUGGACGCGACGGGAUUCAUUCCUGAUCAAACGUGAACAACACCAGCUGUCGGUGUCAACAGCCUGCAAGACCACCACCAACUAUAAAACAGCGCGGCAUACAUCCUUGUGUUGUCCGCUGCCCCUGUAUGGAAUUUUGACUAUGCAAAUGGUAUGCAGCAUUGUUUAUCGGGUUCUCUUCUCCGGAGGCGCUUCUUCUUGGGACGAUGGAAUUCGUGUUGAAUCGUACACGCUUUGGAUGACGGUGUAGUUUGUUCGCGAUUUUUUGUCGGGGGCAACCGCAGCUGAUGAAUCCGAUAGCCGGAACGGAAGGUUGUGUGUUUUGGUACCAGGCUCUGUGCCUCGUUUGUAACGUCAGUUUUCGUUUUUUCGUGCUUUUUCUCGGGGCCCACCUCUCCUUCGGAAGGGUCUGAGACACGCAGGAAUCGAUGUCGCCCGAGCAUGUCUACCCACAUGUACAUCGAGCGGCGUACGUGCUGUACAAAGGUGGCUUUUGUCAUGAUUUUGAAGGUGGCAUUAGCUCUGUACGCACGGCAAGUUCAAGUGCUUUUUUUGUGCACGGGUGUUGCACACAAGAACAUCCCUGCAGGGUAUUCCCCUCUUGUGUUGGAUGUCUUCAUAGCAAUUUUUGGUCGAUUCGAGGAGGGUGGCGCCGAUGGACGCAUGGUAACAUUGACGCUCACAAGUGUCUCGUGUCCCUCUGUUGUUCGUUGUUCCUCGUUGGUUGGCGCUCAAAAGUAGUGUGGAUGCACGAUUCUUGAACUCGUGUGCUAAGUUUUCGAACGAUAACGUUAGCGGG